UCUUCCCCACUUCUGAAGGCCCAGUAAUCAGGUUCAUAUUAUUACCUAUAAUUAUUCUUUUUGCCAAACAAAAACAAUUACACUUUCCCUCCUUUCGACCAGAUGUAUAAGACGAACAUUAAUGUGAAAAAAAAAACAAUAUCAGUCCGAAUUAUACGUGUAUGUUCGUUAUAGUACUAUUAUCCCACGGAUCAAUUAUAUGUCAUAGUGACGUCGUCCUUACGACAUCAGGAAGCUAAGCUGACUUAACUACACAAGAAGAAAUAUGAUGGAAAGGCAACAAAAAUUUUGUUAUUAGAAAAAGAAAAAUUUAUGAACCAGUCUUGAAUUCUUGAUUUCUAUCUUCUAAUGACUAAAGAGCAAGCAGAGAUGUGAAAAUUAUAAUCUUCUCAAAGUUGCAUGAUAUAGUAAAACAUCGAAAAUAUAAAAAUAAGUAUAUUACACAAGAUUCAAUAUAAAUCAUUGUAUAACAUUUAUUUAUUUUCUUUCAAACUUGACGUUUUCACUCUAUAGUAUCCAACAAACAAUAGCAAUACGAUUCUGUACACUAACAUAUGUGAAACUACGUGGUAAAGACAAAAAAAAACUGUUAAAGAUGGUAUGAUUGAUCAUAUGUGUUCCGUUAAUUAUCAUGGUUUAGAAUAAGUAGUCCUUAUAACUGCUUGUUAUAAGGAAUCACAUAAUUAUUUUGUUAUUAUUUUGUUCGUCUGAUCAACAGACGUCUGAGGCAAAUUAUAUAUGCUAAAACCAUCUCUAAUGGAACACUAUUAUUUCCUCUCUAUUUUAGUGUAAAAUAUAGAAUAGAUAAUAGUGUUCCAUUGGAGAUGCUCAUAGAUGCUAUUAUUAUUUAAGAUGUUCUUUUUUACCCACUAUAGAAUUAGCAUGAGGGGAUGGUGUACGAUAAUUAAUGCUGACCAUCCAUGCAAAUAAAUACUAGUUAGUCCAUAAAAAACGAUAAACCAUAUAUACUUGUCAUGUGGUGAAACUCAAGUUACUCAACUAACUGUUUUUUAACUUCUAUAUUUUUCUCUAUAAUACAAAUUAAAUCAAAAUACUCUAAAUAGUCUCUAAUUAUAUUAUGCUCUUUCUCUAACAUGUAGAUUUUUAUAUUUUCAUCUAUGUAUAGAGGAAAAAUAGCAUUUCUAUAUAUUUUGCUCUCUAUUUAAAAAUUGCUAUUUUAGAUAAAUAUAAUGGAAAAUCAUAUCUCAAUUAUAGAGCUCUUCUGUUUUAAAAAGAAAUUAGCAAAAUAUAAGUCUAACUAGAUUUUCAAGUUGUUUUGGUUAGUGGCAAAAAUGAUGUACAGAAACAAGAUGGGUAUUACAUGUCUAUAUGUGUAAGCAGAACAACCAUUCAGAAUUUCUCGUGUAAGUAUACAUAAACGAAAAAAAAAAGAAGUAGGCUGAUAAACGGUGGGGUUUCUAAACUUGAUCAUGAAACUAUUUCAAAAUGCAAUGCCCUUUUUCAAAAAAAAAAAACUAUUUCAAAAUGCAAUCUUGGAAAAGUUAAAACAAGAAAAGUUUAUCACCUUUUCUCUCUUGGAUGAUUAUUAAUUCUGUAUGCAUUUAUUUAUCUUUCAUUAGAUGCAAAUUUUUAACCCAAAAGGUCAAAUAGGGACCUAAUUCAUCAAAUCAUAAUCAUGAUACCCUCACACAGCGUACAGAGAAAUAGAUUUUCACCUAAGAUAUUUCAUCAUUGCUCUUCCUAAUCUAUAUAUUCCUUUUUGGAUUCCCAAAAUAAUAGCAAUCGUAUAAAUUAUUUGAGUACAACAUCAUUUCGUAAGAAAAUAUAAUCCUAGCUAGAAGAUAGUGAUAGAUGUGUAUAUAUUCCCAUCACAUCUAUAGCCCAUUUUUUCUAUGGCCAGAAUUUAAUAUAUCAUAUACUGUUGUAUUUAAAAAAAAAUCAUAUACUGUUGUAAAUAACAUAUCAUCGAAAACACCAAUUCUAGAGGAUUUGGAUUUGUUUUAGGAUACAAUGGUUACAAAAUGGUGCAAUUAUCCCUCUUUAUCCCUCCGAACUCUCCAUACAACACAAGUAUAUGAAAAGAAGAAUUGUCAACUAACCUCAGUUCAUUUAUUUUGAAGACGUGAACAUAAAGAAAGAUUGUUAAAAUAGUGCAUUUAUAAGUAAACGUGAUAUAAAAAAAACUAUCACUAAGAUUUUUAUGGAAUUAACCAUACAAGUUAGCAUUUUCUAAUAUACAUAUAAUAACAUAAGACAUGAAAGCCGUCUCAGGGACGUUACGGCACGCCGUGACAAAAGCUGACUGCCGUUUGAGCGACACGACGUUAACAACCACUACCUCUCUUCAUCUUUCUCUCGAGUGCCCUGACGCGUUUUCUCCUUUUUCUUUUUUCUUUCUCGCUUUUUCUUAUUUGUUCAUUUUAUUUUUGUCUACAGCAUAAUUUAGUCCAUAAUAAUGCAUCUGAAAGUUGACAAAAUAAAAACACAUUUAUCCCAUGGAAUUCAUAACAAACUUUAUAAGUUAGCAACAAACAAACUUAAAAAAAAAACAAAAUUAGCUUGUUUAUUUUUUUAUUUUUUGACACAAAAUCAGAUUUCUUUUUGUUUUGGUUAAUGAUUAAAUAUAUUGCUAAUUUGCUACGUGAUAAACAAGUUAAAUAUCGCUACGUAAUAAACAAGUUAAAUAUCGCUACGUAAUAAACAACGAUUCGUACAAAGAAGUUGAUUUUAAGAGCCAGAUUAAUUUGAGUUUUGAAAGCUAAGUAGACGACAAGUGGUUCUACAUCUGUAGUUUUUUCACUAAAACAAAUAAAUCUUGGUUAUAUUGAAGUGAAAGUUGCAAGGCCACUGGACUAACGUAUAAUUGAAUUCAUGCAGUGUGUGAUCUAAUUGGUAAAACAUUUGUAACAUCAACCGCAUAGAACUCUAACUCAUGUAUUACUAUUUUUAUGACGUAUGUAUGAUACUCCCAUACUGCUCUCCCAUCACAUACGAAAAUUUGACUAUUAUAGAAAUUCUAAUCGUACCGGUUGCUCUGAUGGUGAGACCGUUCUUAUAAUAAACUUCUUCAACCUCAAAAUUCCUUAAACAACUACAACUGAAAAUAUACUUUAGUUAUAUGGAUAUCAAUAUUAGUGUUUAUUUAUUUUAUUUUAUUUUAAUUUAGUUUCUAACCAAGGAAUGAAUUAAAAACAAUUAGCAUUGUAGUCACAUGUAAAUCUUCCAACAAAUCUAAUCUUAUUGGACCUACCUGCAACUUUCUUUUUCCAACAUUUAUAUAUGGAAACACUCACAUGAAUGGAUUGGAUUGUCUCAACACAAAAUCAAACCAAAAUUUCCUCUAAAACCAAAAUUCCUCUACUCUCUCUCUCUCCCAACGCACACACACAAUCUCAUAUCUUCCAAGCUUUUGCGUAAAAGAAAGAAGAGAGAGGGAUAUGGGUACGAUAAACCAAGGAAUAAGCUUGUACGAUGAACCACAAAACAUCAUAAACCCUAAUAGUAACCAUCUGGGUUUCUUUCUCUCUUUCCCUAAUCAAACAUUAUCUUCUUCUUCUUCAUCAUCAUCUCCUUCUCUUGCGUCUUCAUUUCUGGUUCAUCACUCCUUAAACUCCUUCCUUCAAAAUAACCCUCCUUCAUUUCUAACUCAUCCUCAAGAUCCCAUCAAUUCCAUGGCCAAUCUCCCAGAAACCCUAGUCUCGAUCUACUCAUUAUCCUCAUCAAAGCAAAAGGAUGCUCAUGAUGGUAUUGUUAAUCUUGAUCAUCAUCGUCUCACCGGUGGUAUAUCAUCCCAAAGGCCAUCUUUAAAUCAAUGGGCAGGGAGUUGUCAAGCAGAAUAUGGUUACAGUAAGAAAAACAACCAUGGAAGCGAGAUUCAUGUAUAUGAUAUUGAUGACGAUGUUGGUAAUGGUGGUCGUAUUAAUGAUGACGAGGAUCAUGAUCAACAUAGUGAUACUCUUCGUCGUCAUAAACGUAAUGCGAUGCCUGUAGGAGUAGGGUGUACUCUAAAGAUGAAGAAGCUUAAGACAAGAAGAAAAGUAAGGGAGCCUCGGUUUUGCUUUAAGACGCUAAGUGAUGUUGAUGUAUUAGAUGAUGGAUAUAGAUGGAGAAAAUAUGGUCAGAAAGUUGUCAAAAACACUCAACAUCCCAGGAGCUAUUACAGAUGCACACAAAACAAGUGUAGGGUGAAGAAGAGAGUGGAGAGAUUAGCAGAUGAUCCAAGGAUGGUAAUCACAACUUACGAAGGAAGACAUCUUCAUCCUCCUUCUAAUCAUCUCGACGACGACUCUCUCUCCUUCUCUCACCACUCUCCUCUCUCCAACUUCUUCUGGUGAUAUUCUAAUUUGUCUUGAUUGCUUUAAUUUUAAAUUAAUAAACAAUUCUGCCUCUAACUGAUCAUCCCUAUAUUAAUCAAUACCUUCAUGAAAAGUAAUAAGUAAUAACUAUAUCUAUAUUCUCGUUUGGAAAUAGGUACGUGGUUUUAUAUGUGUAAUGUGUGUUGUGUGGUGGUGGUUAGGGUUUGUUUUUUUGUAAGGUUAACAAUGUACUAUUUUACAAUCUGAGGAUUAUGUAUGUGGACAUGUCGGGAGACGAUUUCUUAUUUUCUGUGGUGUGAUUGGCAAAGUUUAAGACUUUGUAGUUUGUAUUGGUGAAAUAUAUUAGCGGGGGAUGCAGUAUAUGGUCGCAUCAAACACACUCGAGCCCAUUUAUAUGCAAAACAAUCGCAAGUUCUAAAUAUAAGUGGACUGUUUUUAUCCACUAUAGUACGAUGAUUACUUGUACAUAUGGUUUUACAAUUAACGAAUAAACACAUUCCUUUACUUUAUUUCUUCUGCUAACAACUACCAUAAUUUGUUUUAGCAAAAAAAAAAAACAACUACCAUAAUUUAGUAAAAAAACACUCAUACCAUAACCUGGUUUAUGUCCACGGUCACGCCCGUUGUUUUGCAUCCUGUGUGUUUAUGUUAAUUUUAGACUUUUAGUGUAUCUUUCUUUCGAUAUGAACCUAAACGUUAAGUGGAAUCAAAUGCAAGUAUCUUUCUUUCUAUAUGAACCCAUAACUUAAACAUUAAACGUAUGUUUGCAAACGUUAAACGUAAGUAAAAUGUUCUUCUGCGAAAAUUAGAAAUUUGUUACGAAAUUAUAUGUGCUAUUUCUAUGUGGAUUACUUCUUCAUGCCACGUCGCAAUCUGUGCGUUAAAAAUAACAGAGGAAUUGCCCCAAAGGACAACUAAAGAAAGAAAAAAAACGAGAACAAUAUCUUCAGUUAAUGGGCCUUAAUUGUAUUUUAAUUGUUAACGGGGCAAAGCCAAUACAGAUGUAUCUUAUAGGCCCCAAAGAAAUAGCGUACUGAACCUAAGCUUGCACGUGUAUGGGCUUCUUAUAUCCUAAUUCAUAAGUCAUAACGUAAGUCAAACAAAAGUGCUGUAUAUUAGUGUGCAUGGGUAAGAAGUGACAACUUAAUAGGUUUUAGACCAUCUCCAAUGGUUAGAACCCAUCAUAGAUUCUAAUAGUUAAUUUAAUUGUAAAGUUUGUAAUUUGUAAAGUUUAGAAUUUCUUAUAAUUUGUCAUGUCCAAUGGUAAAACAUUUUUAAUUUUUUUAAGAGAAAAAAUAACAAAAAGAAAGAAAUGCAAGAGAGAGCGAGAGACAUCUUAAAAACCUCCACUGGAGGUGUUCUUAGAUCGUAAUAUUAUGGGCUUCUCAUAGAACUUGCACGUGAGCGGCUCUAUAUCCAAAGAUGAAUCUCAAAUAAUAGUAACACGUCGAUCAAACUUAUAUUACGAAACCUUAAGUCAAAACAAAUUUUCUUUUACGAAACCGUACUACAAAAGAAAAGAUAAACCGUUGUAAUCAGAAGAAGACAAACAAACAUUAAAAAGGAUAAAAUCAUAAUUUACGAGGACAUGAAAAGUUGAGACCCGUUUGCUCCGCCGAGUCCGAGGGAGAUCCCCACGUGAGUCCCUCGUGGACUGCACGUUCGCGCCCUCAGUUCAAGUACAAUUGUUCAAAUGAGAGUGGGAAUUAAAAACGAGAAAGCUGAGCGAAGUUGCGAGGAGAUGAAGUAGUUUAUAAUAUUUGAAGUUUCACUAAACAUUGACGAAAUCUGAGCCAAAGCUUUUUGUUUCUUUGUCUCUUCGUCGUGAAAAGAAGGAAGAUUCCAAGGUGAGAUGAAUCCACCGAGUUAUUCUAUUUGAUUAAUUUUUUUUUUCUAUUUGAUUAAAUUAUCUUCUAUUAUUAAAAUUUACAUUUAUUAUAUUUAUUUUACAUAAUAUAUUCUAUUCGUAGUUAUAAUUUGGCUUGAGCACGACUGCACGAGGAUAGAUAUUGAUAAAUUAAAUAUGUUCGAUGACAAAACAAAAAAUGUAACCCAACAAUGAAAAGAUAAGAUAACAUAUAUGAUUAAUUGAUUAUACAAGUUAAAUAUCGUAUCUUCUUGAAACAUUAUAACGAUGGUUAACGAGACUGACAGUUACUCGGUUAAAACAACUUUGACUGCUUUUCUUCAUGUGAAAUAACAUCUUGCUUAUAAUAAAUCACCGAUAAAAAAUCAGAAAUUUUAGUUACAAAUUGUUUAAUUUUGUUUUACAUUUUUUUCGCGAUCAGACCUUUACAUUAAUCAAUGUCGUUUUCAUAAGUCUUAGCUGUAUAUACAUGCAUGGUUUAGAGCUCACACGCGUGGAAUAGAGCGGAUUUGUCUCAAUGUUUACGUACACAAGUUUUUUUUAAUGUAUUUCUGUUUAUCUAACUAUUUUGUACGUUUUUACCAAAAAAAAAAAAAAAAAAAACUAUAUUGUACGUUUCUGUAGUUCGUACAUCCUAAAAUUUGAGAAGAAGCAAUCGCACGUGCGUGGAGGUUUGUCCGUGAGAUUGAAGCCUCGAGAAAAGAACAAAACCACGGUUAGAUUGAUUCAGAUUCUCAAUCCCAUUAUAUACAGCUGUAUAUGUAGCCUAUGGUAUUUAUUUUGUGGACUACGUACAACAUUGCAAUCCUCCACUUAUUACGUACUACUUAUAACAAAAAAUAUCAAAAUGCAUGGAUCGUCUUACACUUGACCCAUAUAUGUAUAUGUAAAUAUAUGUACAUGUAACAUGUAGUUUUUUUAAGAAAGGUUUAUGUACAUGCAGAUACACGCCAACGUUUUUUCAACAUGAAUGAUUGAUUUUUCUUUCUUGAUCAAACUAAACUUGCAUUAAUCUUAAAUAUGUUUACACUCUAACAAAGGAAGAUACAAAAAGAUUAUUGACAACCAAACAAACAACACCAAUUACAUAAGGGAUAGAAUGACAAUACAAAUCACAAAAAAGAGCCAUAUAUGAAAUCGUAUCACAACAACAUCAUAAGCUUUUUCAAAAACC